CGAUUCACGUCCUCAGCUCCCCCCCCUGCUGCCGCUGCAGCAAGGCCGACGAGCCAUGGAGAAAGGGGUGCAGCUGAUGGAGGGGAGGCAGGCGUGGCCGCUCCACACGAUGGGGAUGCCCGUCGCCAGUACGACCACCACCAGCACCUGCUUCGACGACUACAGCUGCAGCAGUAGCGGGUGGGAGCAGUCGGCACCGUUCGGCUGCUUCGGCCUCCUCGCCGCCGACGUCCAUGACCUCUUCCCGCUCUUCGCAGCCAUGGAGCCGGCCCCGCCGCCGCCGCCGUCGGCGCACGGCGUGGCCGUCGCGAUCCCCGGGGAGCUGGACGACCUUCUCCUGAACUUCUGGGACGCGGGCUGCCACGACGGCGACGUGGGCGAGCCGCCGCUCAAGGCGCAGCAGGAGGAGGAGGAGGCCGCCUUCAAUUCCAGCUGCGCCUGCGCCAGCGCCACGCACGAGCAGGGCUACCGCACCCCCACCGACUCCUUCACAAUUCACUGUGAUGAUGAUGACCAGGCCUUGAGCUCGAUUUUCUCGGCGGGUCCCGCGCCGGCAGCGGAGAGAGCGGCGUUCCAGCAGCAGGCCCCCGCCACAGAGGCGGAGCCCCUGCCCAGCUCGUCCUCCUCCAGCUGCCGCGGGGACCCGCGCGCCGCCGGGGCCGGGACCGGCCUGCCGCUUCCGGGGCGGGGCGCCGCGCGGGGGCCUGCGCGGGCCCCGCCGCUUCCGAGGACCUGCGGCCCCUCUCUGAAACGUGCCGCGACACGCGAAGAGUCGGAGCAGGCGUCGGCCGAGAGCGGCGGCGGCAAGCGGCGGAAGGGCGCGGGCGUGGUGGUGGUGCGUCCGUUCGCGCUGCUGAAGCCCGACGGCCUGGACGGCGGCGCGACGCUGGCGGACAUCAACGCGCGCGUCCUGAUGCGGCCGGCGCGGCCGGUGCGGCACCCCGUGGGCGAGUUCGCGUGCGCGCCGCGCGUGUCCGCGGACCAGCCGGGCAUCUCGGGCAAGGCCGUCGCCGGCUUCACGCGCCUGCACACCCCCGGGCGCGGCUCCAUAACCAUCAUAAGGACGCGAGGCUAGUGAGUCAUGGCGACGUAGGAAUGUAGUAGGAUUAGGUGUAGCCGCCGCGCCGGGGCCGGCAGUGGUGACUCGACCUCCGAGUCGCGAUUCCGUGUGUAAUAAUGUAAAUUAUGAGCGCACAACCUGUAAAUCGUACCAAUAAAAUCUCUGCUAUCUACCAGUCCCCCCCUGCACUGCACCGACGAACUGCAACCGAACUUUUGAUCAGGAACUGAAUCUAGCUGCCAUUGUUUGGCACGGGGCCACGGAGCUUGUAAAUAAACAGGUUGUGGUACGGCUGCUGGAGGCAACUAGCUUUCCUUUUGUCUGC